CAUUUCACUAAAUGAUCGCCCUGCCCUGUGCCUGAGUUUGCAGUUGAGUGCGCCAGGGCUCGCGGCUCUAUUAUAUAACUUUAGAAUACUGGCGCUUUUAAUGGCGCAUAAGCAGAACAUUGCGCCACAGAUAUGUCGAUUUCCUGCGGAUUUAUCCCGAGUUCUGUGAGCGAUCGAUCACUUUUUUUCGCCCCCUCCUGCCGGUGGUGAGCAUUAAAAAGUUAUCGAGUGAUCCGUGAAACGGCGCACACGGCGGAUCUCGCCAGCUCGAGCUGGGUCAGCGUUGGGCUGUUGAUUUUAUAGUUAGAUAUAUUUCGGAGAAUGUAUUCUUGCCAUACGGGCACAGAGGCAGCAACAAAUACAGCUGAUACUUCACCACACAACAAAACUGCAACGAAGAGGUUUUAUUCAAGCGCUUCACCUUGUGGACGUUGCGGCAUUUCUUACAUUUUUUCCAAGUUGGACUACUAAAAGAUGACCUAACCGGUGGAGUACAGGUCAGGUACUCAUACUACAGGACAAAGAAAUGGAUCAGGGUGGACUGAAGCGCAAUGGUAAUCGAGACGACGGCCUGACAUUUGCGGAGAUAGGAGGUACUGGUGACACACCUGGUUCACUGUUCCAGUCUGCAAUGCAUCUGCCUGGGUCUCUGCCCCCUGCCACAGUGGCCCCCAAUAGACAGGGUGGAACCAAUGGCCAGGGGGAGCUUGGAGGCCUGUUUGAGUCUCAUCAGCAUCAUGUUCUGGGUGAGGGGACAGACAUGAAGGAGAGUAAAAUGAUUCGAAUGCAGAAACAACAACAGCAGCAGCAACAGGAUAUUGGUAUAUUCGGCAUGGGGGACAGCUUGCCAUUGUUUAACCAGUGUAUUUCCGAUACACCCACAUCUGUCAUCAACACCUCAGACACUUCCGUCCUAGGCAACCUUCCUCUGCCUGACCUUUUUUCCCACCCCAUAAAGACGGAAAGCAUUCUUUCUCUGGACAAAGACUUGGGAACAUAUAGUGGGCACACAGGCACUGGUCUAUGCGAUUUGGAUGGCAACAGUGGCCGCCUGAUUGAGGAUACAGAGAUUUGGCAAGAUCUGGACCUUCCCAGCUCACUGCCAGAAAUCAGUGCUUUUGAGUUGGAUUCAGAAGUGGCACACUUGGAUAACAUUCUACAAGAGAGCGCCGGUGGUGGCUGUCCUGUCAGUGGCUUGCCAAAGGAAAUAAAGCCUCUCAUGGGUAACGGAGAAAACUGUACCAGUGUUAAUGGCACAGAGCAGCAACACCAUGCCCUACACCCCCAUCAACAACAGCAGCAGCAGCAGCACCACCAACUAAUACAUCACCAGCAACAUCAGCCCCAGCAUCACCAGCCUCAGGCCCUUCUCUCCACUGUCAUCAUCAAGGAAGAAAAGGAUCCUGACGAGUCUUUCAUUCAAAUCUGUACCCCUGGUGUGAUAAAACAGGAGAAGCAGGAUAGUGCUUUCUGCCAGCCUCAGUGUCUCCAGAGCAGCAUCAGUUCUCUCCAGGGAGGAGGACCAGGCCCCAUGUCCUCCCCUGUGGGUGUCGGAGCAGUGCCCGGCUACCACUACAGAGCCAACCCGAGCUCAACAAUGGGCAUACAAGACCAGAAGCCUUUUGACAUGUACUCAAACAUGCCUCUGAUGGGGGAUGGCUGGGCCCGGGGGAAAAGGUAUGGAGAGACAUCUGGGAUUCAGAGCAGCGAUGAUGGGCUCACUCCUGUCGCGUCCUUGGCACCUUUUUCUGUUGGCUUCUCCAGUUCAUCACCCAGAGAAGGAGAGAUCAGCAGCUCUGUGGUACCUGCCCAAUCCAAGACCAGUGGGCAGACUCAUAAGAUCUGUUUGGUGUGCUCAGAUGAGGCCUCUGGAUGCCAUUACGGGGUUGUAACAUGUGGCAGCUGCAAAGUUUUCUUCAAGAGAGCCGUUGAAGGAUGGAGAGCACGACAAAACACAGAUGGCCAGCACAACUACCUGUGUGCAGGGAGAAAUGACUGCAUCAUUGAUAAGAUCCGCAGGAAGAACUGUCCAGCCUGCCGCUUCAGAAAAUGUCUUCAAGCUGGAAUGAACUUGGAAGCAAGGAAAAACAAAAAGCUGAUCAAGAUGAAAGUGCACCGGGCUGGGGCAUCAGAGCCCACCAUUAGCAACAUGCCUGUUCCAGUCGUACCCAGGAGCAUGCCCCAACUCGUGCCGACCAUGCUGUCCAUACUGAAGGCCAUAGAACCAGAGAUCAUCUACUCGGGCUAUGACAGCACACUGCCAGAUACUUCAUCACGGCUCAUGUCUACUCUCAACAGGCUAGGGGGACAGCAGGUUGUCUCUGCAGUCAAGUGGGCCAAGUCACUACCAGGCUUCCGCAAUCUGCACCUUGAUGACCAGAUGACUCUGCUGCAGUGCUCCUGGCUCUUUCUCAUGUCUUUCAGUCUUGGCUGGAGGUCAUACGAGCAGUGUAAUGGCAGCAUGCUUUGUUUCGCCCCUGAUCUUGUCAUCAACAAAGAUCGCAUGAAGCUGCCCUUCAUGACUGACCAGUGCGAGCAGAUGCUGAAGAUCUGUAAUGAGUUUGUCAGACUGCAGGUGUCCUAUGAAGAGUACCUGUGCAUGAAGGUGCUGUUACUGCUCAGUACAGUACCAAAAGAUGGCCUGAAGAGCCAAGCAGUUUUUGAUGAGAUCAGGAUGACCUAUAUCAAGGAGCUGGGAAAAGCCAUCGUCAAGAGAGAGGAGAACCCUAGUCAGAACUGGCAACGCUUCUACCAGCUAACUAAGCUACUCGACUCCAUGCAGGAGAUGGUCGAGGGUCUUCUCCAGAUCUGUUUCUACACCUUUGUGAAUAAAACCCUCAGUGUGGAAUUCCCGGAGAUGCUGGCAGAGCUCAUUUCCAACCAGAUACCAAAAUUCAAAGAUGGAAGCGUCAAAGCUCUGCUGUUUCAUCAGAAAUGACUGCCUUAAAUUGUGAAUCAAUGCCUUAAAUCCUGCCCUGCACAUAUACCUCUCCA